AGGAAUUUAGUGUUGAAAGAAACAUGGAACCCGAAAGAUGUAUUUUCAUGGGAGCAGUAAUUGUGUUUGGUUUUGCUUCCCUGGGAGCCUCGUUCCAUGGAAACUAUUCUGAUCACAAUGCUGAUCCAAACCGAUUUUGCAGGGUAAAGGACUGUCCAGCGAAUUUGACAUUGCCGCACAUUGGCUGCAACAGUACGCAAAUACAACCGUCCAGUUGCGGGAAGGACCUAAGACUCCACCCCAUGUCAACCAAACUGAGAACACAUAUUGUUAAUCAGCACAAUAUUUUCCGAAACUUGGUAGCUUCCGGAAUGGUGAACCGAAUUCCCGGAUCCGGAGCCAUGCUUAAGCUGAGGUGGGACCAUGACUUAGAGGAAGUAGCCAGCCAUUUGGUUAAACGCUGUACCCUUCAUGCCCCUAAGGAGUGUUUCUCCACUUCUGAAUAUGAAAACCCCGGCUUUCAAUCAGUUUACAACAAGUUUAAAAAGGCUCAGAAUGCCUUCAUGGUUGUAAAGUCGCAAAUGUACACUUGGUACGAACAGAACAAACACGCGAGUGUGCUGAAUGUGGUUGGUGGAUCCUCUAAAAACACUGACGGAGAGGUGAGUCACUUCCGGAGAAUGAUGGUGGGUGCCAGCAGCCACGUGGGUUGCGCCGUAGCCAUGUCCCAAAAGGAUGGCUGGACUCACCAAUGGAUGACUUGCCUUUAUAGCUGCUCUCCAAAAGCUGACGAGCCCCUUUAUGUGUUUAAAGGUUUGUCUGGAGAAUAUUGCUCCGAAGGAGUCGAUGGUCGCUUCCCGAAUCUUUGCAAAGAAUCCGAGCCUGUCGAAGAUUGCAGGCUAGUUGCCGUGGAAAAUCGCUCGGAUGCUACUAGAACACAUUUAAAGGACCUUGCGUCGAGGAUACGCUCCCAAAUGAAAACUCCUAUUAAGCCAAGAGCCUUCCCUAUUUUGGCAAUUGUUGUAGGCUAUGCAAUUGGAAAAGUAGUCGAUAUCGCAGUCGAUGCCGCAAUUGAUCACUUAAAAAAAGCUUGA